CUUCCGGGUCAAUUUGGGUCAUUUACACAUCGACCAAGACACAGCACCUCUCAUGUCUCUCACUUGUCCGUGAGAGUGAAAUAAGAAAGGUUUUCUACCUCUACUUCUCCAAAGUUUUACCGAAUUUUUGGGAUGUGCUGUCCAAAGCUAACAGGUGAACCAGCCGAUGUGUAGAUUGUAAACUCAGGUUCCAGGUAGAAGAAGAGAUGGCAGAACGUCCCCUGAAUGUCCUGGUUCCCUUCUCCAGCCCACUCACCAGGAGUUCCUCCAAGGCUGCUGCAGACUCAGGCUUGUAUAACUUCAUCUGGGAUGAUGCUUACACCAUAGGCAGCUGCUACUUUACCAGUGGACAUCGGGAUAUGCUGUCGUAUGUGGACAAAUGCAAGGCGAGAGGGGAAGUCGAUAUUGUUCUGAGCAUGACUGAACCAGCCACGGUCGUUCACGCAGCGCUGGUUCAGGAGUUCCCACAUCUCCGUGGCCCUAGUGUGGAGUCUGUCUUCUUGUGUAUGAACAAGUAUUACACACAAAAGGUCCUGGACCCAGACCCUAUACCUCACGAGGGAUUAGACUUGGACUCUCUUCAAUUAGAGGAAGAUGCAGUCAGAGUGGUAAAGGAGAUUGGCCUCCCUGCUAUCGUGAAACCCGCCUCUUCCUUGCGGUCUACAGGGGUAAAGAAAGUAAACACCAUAGAGGAGCUGUUACAGGCCGCACAUGACUUGCGCAAGUUUGGCACAGAAGUGGUCAUGAGAGAAGUGUUUGAUUCCAGCCUCAUGAGACGCUAUGUUGAAAAAUAUGUCGAUCUCAAGAAAUACCCUCUUGCUACCUGUAACAUGGCAGUGGUAGAGAAGUAUAUUGAAGGAAAACUCUUCACAGUGGAUGGAUGUGUUUACAAUGGGGAAAUCAUUCACUGGGCCAUCUGCGACAACCUCUACUUCAAAAGCAGACCCGAGUGCAUCCUCGGGUUUGCAAUCCCGUCUCAUCUUUCCUGUGACAUGCAGUCUCGGUUGUGGCAGGCUUACGACAAAGUCCUGGACAGGAUGAUAUUUCAUGGGUUUGACAACCAGGAAGCCCACUUGGAAUUUUUCCUCACGAAAGACGGAGAUAUUAAACUGCUAGAAAUUAAUGCCUGUAUGUCUUUGACCUUGACUCAGCUGUACUUGCACUGCUUACCGGGCAGAGAUUCGGUACGAUUGCAACUGGACCUCCUGAGGGGCGUUCAUCCAACUGUGCCGUGUCCCUCGGGCAGAUACAGUCUUGUAGGGUACAUACAAACCUUUGCAUCAGGCAAAGCCAAGGAGCUGGUAGACUUCCAUGCUGCAGCUUGCAUUGUUGAGGAUGGGUUAGGAAACGUGAAGAUCAUCGUGGACCCCGAGCGUGACAUUGUACUGGCGGGUGACUCCGGUAACAUCCUGGGUAAAGUGACUGUACAAGGAAACGGGUUUGAAGACGCGUUCGAUCAGUACAAGAACAUCUGUCUUAAGAUACUGAGAAAACCAGAGUUCUCUCCUUGGGAAUGAAAACACUGCGAUUUGAUUGGAUAAAAAGUUUAAAAUAACUACUAGUAGACAUAUCCUGUAGAUGUAUUUAUAUUUUUUGAUAUGUAUUAUUUAUUUCAUUGCUGUAUUUAUUUCAGUUACUAGUAACAUACAAGUUUGUGCCAUUCUCAUAAUAGUGAAAAUUGCACCAUCAUGGUAUGUGGAAACACUCUAGCUAGUCUAUGGUAAGCCAAGGCUACACAUAGCCGAACAUGGAUACCGAACCCUAGCUGACUAAAGUCGUUGGUAGUUCAGGAGCAGUCAGACCAGGUUUAGACCAUGCCUAUCUUUUAGCGCAGAACAUGUGCUAACCAUCUACUGACCGGUAAAUGACUUACUCCCAUUUGAGCGCAAAUUGCCAUCUAACCUACUUUCAACCAUCCCGACAUCUUACUGAAGACUGUCAAGUCUCUCCUGACUGAUGAAUGUAAACAGUGAUUUUCAUUUUUGUUUUUAAUCAAAAUAAUCUAUUCUUCCAUGUUGGUAAUAUCACCAAGAGAUCAAUUUUGGAUCACAGAUAGCUCCAAUAUGGCAUUCUGUGCAAUUAACAGAAGUGUGUGGUUAUUCGUUGUGCUACCGACCAACAGGCUUCAACUGUGUACACUGAAACAAUCAUGACUUUUAUUAAUUGCCAUUUCCAAAGAUUUAUUUUGUGGUAGUUACUUUAUUUUAUUUCAUUUAAUCAAAAUUGCAGUAAGGCAAACAGAAGGCAUCCCAGGCAGUAAUACUGUAAAUGAAAAAAUGUUCGCGGUGGAUUAAUGUUCGCGGUUUUCGCGGUGACCACUUCACCGCAAACUUAAAACCACCUCGAACAUUUUUCUAUUAUGGUAAUAGACUGCAGUCUAUGGUGUUACGUCGAAAUUGAAACCAUUGCGAAAAUCCUUUUCCCCGCCACUGCGAAGUUAAAUCCCCGCGAACUUAAAUGCAUUUACAGUAUUCUACAGUGAAUUAGGCCAUAGCAAGUAAACUUCAUGGAUGACAUCCUUGCAGACUGAGAAAAUAAUGAGAUAGGGUGAAAAAAAGAUGGGUGAAAAAAACAAGAUGGCAAAUUUUCAAAAUAGACACCAUAUAUGUUGUAACACGUCAUGGCAUUACAGCAAACAAGGCAUUCACUCCUGUAUUUAAGAAGUGCACCAGUACUAGUGUAGUAAAAGUGCCAGUAGUGUAGUAUACUGGUACUAUGAACUUGUCAUCAUAUCAUCAACGUGGUCUAACUUAAGAUUACUGCAAUAAGAACUUUACAAAUAAACGAUUACUGA